CUAUGUUAUGAGGAGUUUCCAGCCCUCAAGGCUGUCCAGCCAGAUGAUGAGGGGGAAAAGGGGGGGAUUGCUCAGGGACUUCGGUGUCCUAUUUACGAGUCCACUAUUUGACCACGCCCACCUAUCUAUCCCGGUGUCUCACCACCCCCCAACCCUGCAGAAGGAAAGGCUAUUUAAGGGCAGCUGACGUUCAGGGAAAACAAGACAGGCCCUUGAGGAAGAAGCUGCGGCAUCACCCGAGAGGCUGACAACAUGAAGGUCCUCCUGCUGCUAACAGCUGUGAUCAUGGCCUUUGGCCCAAUACAGAUCCAAGGGAGCCUUGCAGAGUUUAGACAAAUGAUCUUACUUAAGACGGGAAAGAGAGCUGAGACAAGCUAUGCCUUCUAUGGUUGCCACUGUGGCUGGGGUGGCAAGGGAUCCUCCAAGGAUGCGACAGAUCGGUGCUGUGCUGCUCACGACUGUUGCUACGCCCGGCUGCAGAAGCACGGCUGUGGCACAAAAUUUCUGACCUACAAGUUCUCCUACCGAGGGGGCAAAAUCACCUGCUCUGCCAACCAGAACUCCUGUCAGAGACAGCUGUGCCAAUGUGACAAAGUCGCAGUUGAAUGUUUCUACCGCAACCGGAAAAGCUACAAUUUAAAGUAUCAAUUCUAUCCCAACAAGUUUUGCAGUGGAAAGUCGCCAAAGUGCUGAGGGAGUAGCCUUGUUCAACAUCUGGACACAUUGUCUCCUUUAGCAACCCUUCCCAGCCAAACCAAGUCCCCCCAGUGAUAAAAACACCCCUCUCCCACCCUACAGACAGAGUGGGGGCCCUUCUGUACUCAUCCAGAAUGAGACCCCAAAGCCUGGUGUGUUACACUGAUCUUUCCUCAUCACUCAUCUACCUUCAACGGGCAGAUUGUUGGCCUCCAGCUUCCCCUUUGCAUGCAACUUCCUGCCUUGCAGUACCAAAGAGAACCCUGGGAGGCUCUUACAAAUAAAGUACUUCACUAACAACCAUGUGUGUUCUCUUACCAUGGAAUGAGGCUGAUAUAAAGUAUAUAUGCUAAAAGUAUAGGGGCUGCGACAAUAGCUCAGUCCAUAAAGAACUUACCAAGCUUGAGGACCUGUGUUCAACCCCAGAACCCACACACAUGAAGCACACACUUGUUUACAACCUUAGAGUUGGGGAAACAAAGACAGGUGGAUCCUGCGGCUCCAUGACCAGCCAGCCUACUUGAAUCAGCGAGUUCCAGGUCGGUGAGAGACCCUGCCUCCAAAACCAAGGUAGAUAGUGUCCUGAGGACCAAAACCUGAGCUUGUUCUACAGCUUCCACACAUAAAUGUGCACACAUAUGCAUGUAUGCAUGGGCAUGCACACACACAGACACAGAGACACACAUGCACACACACAUACACACAUGAACAGGCUUCCUGGUCAGUCAAAACGGGUCUAACUAUAAAUACCCCACCACUUUAAGCCCUGAUUCUCUUAUUCAGGUGGAGCUCCUUGUCAGAGCCUCCUGCUAGGGCUUGUUUGGCAAUUUAGGGGGGACACAGAUGUCAAGCAGUGUCCAACCACUACAGCUGCCAUCCCUGUCAAAGGCUGAACUCCCUCUCCCCGCCCCCAGGCUAGAACUGUUUUUCUUAGCCUAUGGGAAGAUGCAGAAGCUGAAGCAGGCAGAAGAAAGUGGAGUUGCUUCUGUCAAGGCUCUGCCACUUUGAACUUAAAGACAACAGAGAUUACGGUGGAUGGCACCAUGUGCCCACACGCCUGGCGCAGACCCACUUCCAGAAGACUGCCAGAGCCAUGGCGUGUGCAAAGCUGCCCACCGAGCAAAAAUAAACUCCUGGGCCUCCUGCACUUGUCAAACUGAGAAGCUUUGCACAGAUCCUUAAGAUGUCCUGACAGCUCCACACUUCUCUUUGCCUGGAAAGGAACAGUCAGAAACCAGUGAGGUCCCCCAGUUCCUGGUGCGUCUGUGGGAGCAAGGCUGAUGAGGGGCGGCACUCAGUUGUCUCUCUCCGCUGUCCCUUCUGCCUACGUCGAAUCUGCUAAUUUUUUCACAUAUUAAGAUAAAGACAAACUGCAAUAAAAAAAAUAAAACAUGCCAACCCCCA